UUCACUUUUGUUGGUUCUGAAAAUGUAUUCAGUGCAGGGGCGACAUUCGCAGCGGCAACGAAAGCGACAGCCAUAACACACACCGUACACACACAACGCACUCCGCACACACCAUCACCCUUGCACACACCGCACACAGAUACGAAUACGAAUACGGAUACGGAUACGGAUACGGAUACGGAUACGCACUGAGACAGCUUCGAAAGAAAGUGGCCAAGGAAAGGAGCAGUCAGCCGUCAGCAGCUAAAAGGAGUAGCACUGUGUGUGCGUGUGUGUGUGUGCAGCGGAAAUGGCCAAAUUAGUGACUUACAUCUUCAUCGUCAGCUCGCUGGUGCUCUGGUACCUUUUGCUUUUCGGUGGCCGAGGCGGAGGCAUCGGUGGCAUCAGGGGCGUGGAUGCCACCAACGGGCAUGGGGGGCAGCUGGAGGGGCGAGAUUUUCACCAUCAUGGCGGCAGUCAUCAUAUUCGCCGUAACAUCAACCACUGCUGGCGUCGCUACGAUGGCUACAAUCUGCAGAAUACCGUUGUCAACAAAAAGGAGCAGCUGAAGAAGCCGUACGGCAUUUUGUGCAACUUCAAGUGCACCUGGUUCUUCACCGUCAGCUUUCCCACUUGCGAGUUCAUCUACGACUAUAAGUUAUCCUGCGUGCUGUUCACGUCACUGCCCGACUGUACCAGCGUCAAGUGUACGCUUCUAAACUACUUUGAGUAACUAGUGUGUAUUUGUGGCGAGUGUAGACGUAAUAAGUAAUAAGUGCUUUUUUUUUCAUAGCAUAAGUCUGAUUAUUACUAGAUUUUAUAUGUGAAAUUGUAGAGGCCGAGGAUGUA